AUGGCCUACGUUCCGCCAGAGCCAAUGCGGUCCGUCCAGCAGUGCAACGACCUCAUGCAGCAACCUGGAUCGCCCUUCAUCACCGACACCCUCACGAUCGGCAAGCGUCGAGUGCGCGCCUACCGCAACCUGCCCGCAUCGGUCCGGGACCUCUGGCUCGCUUCCGCCGAGACCUUUGCAAAGCGCGAGUACCUCGUGUACGAGAACGAGCGCCUCACGUACGCCGACGCGCACGAGCGGGUCCUGCGCCUCGCCUCGCUUCUGCAUGCUCGCGGCGUCAAGAAGGGCGACCGCGUCGCCAUCGCCAUGCGCAACGUUCCCGAGUGGGCCGUCUCCUGGUGGGCUUGCCACCUCCUCGGCGGCAUCGGCGUCGCCGUCAACGCGUGGCUCACGCCCGAGGCGUUCUACCACUGCGUCUCGGUCACGACCCCGGUGGCCCUCAUCGUCGACGCCGAGCGCGCCGGGAUCCUGUGCCCCAAGGUGUCGGACCUGCGCUCGCUCGGCUGCAACACGUUCCUCGUCGCGCGCUCGGCCGCGCCGCCCUCUGGCUUUGAGCCGUUUGUCGACGCGCUCGCGCGCCACGAGCCGCGCGAGUUCCCGCGCCCGGACCUGUCGCCCGACGACGACGCCGUCAUCUUCUUCACGUCGGGCACGACCAGCUUGCCCAAGGGCGUCCUGUCGACCCAGCGCCAGUACCUGAGCAACCGGUGGAACACGGCGAGUGGCAAGGUGCGCGCCGUCCUGCGCAAAGGCGGCGACAUCCCCGUUCCCGACCCAAAGGCGCCUCCUCCGUCGGUCCUCCUCACGGUCCCGCUCUUCCACGUCAUGGGCAACCACUCGUUCCUCGUGUCGCUCACGGUCGGGGGGGGCAAGAUCGUCCUCAUGCACAAGUUCUCGCCUUCGCUCGGCGCCCAGCUCGUCGUCAAGGAGGGCAUCACGAACGCGUCGGGCGUCCCGAACCAGGUCUCGGCGCUCCUCGAGGAGCUGCCGCCCAACGCCGAGGGCGUCAAGCUCGAGACGCUGAGUUACGGUGGCGGGGCGCCGAGCUCGAGGCUGCCCGAGGAGGUGCGGCGCAGGUUGCCCAACGCGUUGACGAGCCAGGGGUACGGCUUGACCGAGGUCAACUCGGUCGCGACCGCUUUUGCCGGUGACGACUACCUCGCACGCCCGACCUCGUGCGGCCUCGCGCCUCCCGCCGUCGACCUCAAGAUCAUCCCGCCCUCGGCCCCCAUGCCCGUCUCGGCCGCCCCGGCGCUCAAGCCUCGCGAGGUCGGCGAGAUCUGCAUCCACGGCCCGAACGUCGCCAAGGGCUACUGGCGCGACGAGGAGGCGACGCGUAAGGCGUUCGACGACGAGGGCUGGUUCAGGUCGGGCGACCUCGGCUAUGUCGACGAGGAGGGUUUCCUGUUCAUCGCCGACCGGGCCAAGGACAUUAUCAUCCGCAGCGGCGAGAACAUCUCGUCCGUCCAGGUCGAGAACGCCCUGUUCGCGCACGACGCCGUGCGCGAGGUGGCCGUCGUCCCUGUGCCGUGCGAGGUCCACGGCGAGCAAGUCGCCGCCGUCGUCGUCCUCCAUCCCUCGACGCACCCGUCCCGCUCCUCGUCCGCGCGCCAACCUCCCCCGACAGAGGCCGCCCUGCGCAGCAUCGCCGCGUCGUCCCUCCCCCGACACGCCGUCCCCGCGCUCGUCAUCCUCGUCGAGGUCGGCGCCGAGGAGGAAGGCCUGCCCAAGAACGGCACGGGCAAGGUCGUCAAGGGCGAGGUCAAGCAGGUCGCGGCCGCCGAGUGGGAGAAGCGAGGGCUGGGCAAGAAGCCGGCGCGCAAGGAGGAGCAGGCGAGGGCCAAGCUGUAGAGAUAGAUCGUGACUGCAAAGAGCCGCUGUGCAC